GUGGUGUCGUAGGGGCGGAGCUAAAGAAGAAGCUGCCCCAGCGGGCGUGUGGCCGCGGCUUUUGUACCGUCCAAUAAGGGCGGGCGGCGUGGCCCGGCCUGGUAGCGACGAUGACGCGCCUGCGCAGAGGCUGCAGCACGACUGGGUUGACUCCGGGGGCGCGGUGAGGAGAGACAUGAGGCUGAACUGGGUCCUGACAGUACUGUCCAUCUGCCUGAGCGCCCUGGUCACGGCCGCGGGGGCCGAGGGCAAAAGGAAGCUGCAGAUCGGGGUCAAGAAGCGAGUAGAUCACUGUCCCAUCAAAUCGCGCAAGGGGGACGUCCUGCACAUGCACUACACGGGGAAGCUGGAAGAUGGGACGGAGUUUGACAGCAGCCUGCCCCAGAACCAGCCCUUUGUCUUCUCCCUGGGCACGGGCCAGGUCAUCAAGGGCUGGGACCAGGGGCUGCUGGGGAUGUGUGAGGGGGAAAAGCGGAAGCUGGUGAUCCCAUCAGAGCUGGGGUAUGGAGAGCGGGGAGCCCCCCCAAAGAUUCCAGGUGGUGCAACCCUGGUGUUCGAGGUGGAACUGCUCAAAAUCGAGCGACGUUCAGAACUGUAGCCAAGCUGGGGAGGGGCAGCGGAGAGGCCAUCAGGGACCAGACUGUUUAAAAACAAAACAAAACAAAACAAAAAACUUAAAGCUCA